UCAGCGGAGAGAGCGAUGAUGGGAUGAAGUUCGGUUGCAGUGUAACGUCAGAGAGGCCUGUAGCGUCCAUGGCGGGAGGGAUGAAUUUUUUUGGCGCUUUACUGAAGAAAGGUCGAUAUGUGUUAUUGGUUUCGGCGGCAUUUUUGCUUUUAGCUACACCAUUUUGCACGGCAGAAGGAAGCGAAAAAAUUACCUACAUUGACGAAGGGAAAAACCAGUUCUUCAAUGAACAGAAAACCUUUUGCUUUAAAAAUACUUUGUUACCUGGAUGGAGAGAGACUUGGACACGCAUUCAGAUCCGAGUGAAUAGUUCUGAUAAGUUUAAAAUUAAACAAGUAGACGAAAUGGAGCUGGAAGAUCCAGGGGUGUGGAGCUGGAUUAUGGAGUCGGCGACAUCAUUGCUGAAGGAGAAAGUGAAUGAAACCUACUUCAACGUUGAUUUGUUCAGCAACAAAACUUGCUUUAAGGUGGAACCAAGCAGCAAUACUGUGCCCUAUGAGAUCCUGUUGACACGCCGUUUCGAUCCACAGCUGAUCUUAAUCUUUGCUUUUGGGAUGCUGCUAUUUUUCUAUGCUGAAAGCUUAAGCAGGAGUCAACUUUUCUUCUAUACAUCAGGAAUGAGCCUUGGUGUAUUGGCUUCAGCCAUUAUUGUCAUCUUUCUCCUGUCUCGUUUUCUACCAAAGAAAAGUUCUCUCUACUUGUUAAUGGCAAGUGGUUGGUCUGUGUCCCUGUAUCUGAUCCAGGUGACCCUGAGGAAUUUGCAUUUUCUCCUGAAAGAGUACUGGCAGUAUGUUUUGGGCUAUGUGACAAUUUCUGGCUUCAUCAGCUUUGCCAUCUGUUACAAGUAUGGACCCCCUGAGGAGGAGAGAAGCAUCAAUCUGCUAAACUGGACCCUACAACUCUGUGGGCUGUUUCUAAUGUAUUCUGGGGUUCAAGUAAGACAGGUUGCCCUGGCCUUCAUCGUUGUGACUUUCUGCAUCAAGAACAUUGAAGUGCCUUUUAAGUGGUCGUACACUGUAUUCAAGGAAGUGUUCAAAUUAAGAGACAAGCCAGAGCCCCGAAGGCUUCUAACUGAGGAGGAAUUUCAAAGGCAAGGAGAAGUAGAAACUCAAAAAGCUUUGCAGGAACUGCAGAAAUAUUGCAGCAGCCCUGAGUUCAAUGCAUGGAAAGUAGUAUCCAGACUUUCAACACCUAAGAGAUUUGCUGACUUUGUUCAAGGGGAGUGUCACCUCAAUCCUAAUGAAAUUUAUGUUCAUGAACAACAGUACGGUCUAGGCAGCAUUCUUGAUAUGGAGGAUAACACUGACUUUGGUACUAACUUUUUAUGAAAAAGAAUAUUGACACUGGGACUUGGUGGAAAAUGUUCAUCAUUCUGAGCAAUCAAAGACAAGACCUCUUUCUGUGGAGAGGGAAACUGUUUACAAUGCUUCUUUUUUGACUCCAGACCUGGAUGAUCAAAAUAAAUAAGAAGACACGAACUAUUGCUUCAGUACACUUGGCGAUUACUUCAGUAUGGAUGUGAUCUUUAUCCAGAUUGGACCCAAAGUAUUGGAGACUGACAUUGUAUGUAUGUAGCUGUCAUGCACCCAUGGUGCAAAGGUCAUUUAUCAAACAGCUGCAGUAAGUGUUUUAUGUCCCUGAGUUCAGUCUCCCAUUGGAUAUUUGUGUUUUUCUAAUAAAUAAUUGAUCUGACUUGAUGCACUGCUUGGAAUUCAGGAAAGCCAGGAAACGCAUGACUACAUUUGGGAACAAUAGUUUCUAUAAAGUGCAAUUGGAAUGGAAAAAGUCGCAUUUAAGAUAUUCUGGCUCCUUUAAACAAAGGGAAAGAAAAAUAUUUGGAGAUGUUUCCAUGGCUUGGUUAACUUUUCACAAAACCAUUAUUUACCUUUUUUAUAAUUUUUUAAUCAAUUUGUUGACUAAAUUUGCUGUUUGUAGUUAUUUGGUUUUAAAAGUAAAUGAUUUACUGUUUUUCUAAUUAUUUUAAUGCUCUCUCCUUUGUACUUUGACAUUACAAUUGUGUGGCUGAAUAUGUAAGUAUUAACUAUAUUAACUGAGGAGUUGCAAAUUAAGUUAUGUCAUACCAAAGUCCAUGAGACUUUGGUAAUUUGCAUCUAUGCAAAGAACACCUUCUAUGAUCAAAACUUUGUUUUUCAAAUAGAAGUACAGUAUAAAUAAUAUUUUAUUUUGCCCUGUUUAGUGCAAUUUUAUCUUAUCAGGAGUUCUGUGCAUGAUGGUACACCAAUCUGUCUCAUAGAUGUAUUGUCCAUUCUUAUUGCUUCAAAACAAGGGAGCAUUAAUUAUCUGUACCAAAUUGCAUUAUCUGUUCUUGCCAAGCAGAUGGAAGAAUGAAAGAAUAGCUGAAACCAAAAAUAAAAUUAUUUUCUGUCCCAUUCUCUCUAAGUGUGUAUAUCAGAACCAUGGUCAUCUUUGCCUCAAUAGUUGACAUAUGUUUAUGUAACUUUUUAUGAUUAUUGGCAUCUUUUGCACUGUCGCUCCACCCUCUGCUUUGACUUCAAUGUAAUGGAAAUACAAACGUGAAUGGAAACUUAA